CUAACGAGGCUUUCACUAGUUCUCCACUGGCUCACUCCACCACUAAAGUUUCAGAGGACGGGGUCCCAGCCAGGCCAGCCGAGUUGCCCAAAUGGAUUACUGCGGCGUCCGACGCAUAUUGUUUUCCUAUGUACUCAUCAACGGAAUAUUAAUAACAUUGCAAUCCAAAGAAGAAGUACUGCUGGAUAUGAAGGCAUCGGGGAGUGAGCUGGGCUGGUUGACAUGGCCAUCUGAACAGGGCGACAAGCGAGGCUGGGAGGUGGCCCAGAAGACCCUGAACGGCUCCCAGUUCUACUCGUACUCCGUGUGCAACGUGGGCGAGCGCGAGCAGGACAACUGGCUGCGCACCACCUUCAUCCAGCGGCGGCCCUCGGCCUCGCGCGUGAUGGUGGAGCUGCAGUUCGUGGUGCGCGACUGCAACUCCUUCGACGGCGCCUCGCUCACCUGCAAGGAGACCUUCAACAUGUACACGUCGGAGGCGGACGCCGACGUGGGCACCACCUUCCGCAAGGGCCAGUUCAAGAAGGUGACCACCAUCGCGCCCGACGAGAUCACCCGCAAGAACCUGCAGCCCGUCAACACGGAGACCCGCGCGGUGGACGGCCUGUCGCUCAAGGGCUUCUACCUGGCCUUCCAGGACAUCGGCGCCUGCGUGGCCAUCCUGUCCGUGCGCGUGUACUACAAGACCUGCCCGGCCACCGUCAAGAGCCUGGCCAGCUUCCCCGAGACGGUGGCGGGCAGCCAGGCGCUGAGCAAAGUGGACGGGGUGUGCAUGGAGAACGCCGUCAGCGAGAAGGUGCCCCGGAUCUAUUGCACCAUGGACGGGGAGUGGGUGGUGCCGGUGAGCCAGUGCCAGUGCAAGCCGGGCUACGAGGAGAUUAAGGAAGUGUGCCAAGAAUGCCAGCCUGGCUACUUCAAAGCGGCGGCACCCAGUGAGAAGUGUGAGCUGUGUCCCGCCAACACCCAGGGGACGGGCUACGGGGACGCCGCCUGCCCCUGCACGCCUGGCUUCUACCGGGCGGAGGACGAUCCUCCGACCGGGCCCUGCUCAGGUCUGCCCGGGGCCCCCCAGGACCUGCAGGCCACCACCACCCAGCUGUCGUCCGGCCGGGUGCUGCUGACAUGGAGCCCUCCGGGGGACACGGGGGGCCGGGCUGACCUCACCUACAGCGUGGAGUGCCGGCGCUGCGACGGCGCUGCGUGCCAGGCCUGCGGCGAGAAGGUGCGCUACGAGCCGGCCAGCGCGGGGCUGACGGAGACGCGCGUGUCCGUCAGCCAGCUAGACGCCCACCUCAACUACACCUUCACCGUCAACGCCCACAACGGGGUGUCAGCCGCCGCCAGCAAGGCCUCCCCGCGGGCCCACGGACCGCCCUCCACCGCCGCCCUCACCACCAGCCUGCAGUACACAGAUCCUCCCACGGUGACGUCCAUGCGUCUAGACGAGAGGAGACCCACCAGCCUCUCCCUGUCCUGGGUGGUGACCCCUCGGCACCGGGCCCCGCCCAGGUCCUUCCGCUACGAACUCACCUACCGCAAGAAGGACGAAAACCUCAACAUGACCACCUACACGGUGCUGGUCCUGGACAGGACCUCGGUGCGGGUCAGCGACCUGGCCCCCGCCACCACCUACCUGUUCAGGGUCCAGCCCAUCACGGAGGGGGGAGCCGGGGGCGCCAGCAUCGAGGACGAGUUCAAGACCAUGGCGGACGCCGAAGCACCGAACUACACCACGGCCAUCUUCUGGAGUGUGGUCGUUGCAGCCGCCGUGUUUUUCAUCGUAGCUGUGGUUCUGUUUGUGCGCCAGCGCAGGAGGAACUCUCACUCCCGGCAAGGACCUGAGGACGCCUAUUUCUCAACCUCAGAGCAACUGAAGCCCCUGAAGACCUACGUGGACCCCCACACGUACGAGGACCCCAACACGGCCGUCCUCAAGUUCGCCAGCGAGAUCCACCCCAACCACAUCACCAAGCAGAAAGUCAUCGGAGCAGGCGAGUUCGGCGAGGUGUUCCGCGGGAUCCUGAGGGCCCCUGGGAGGACGGAGGGGCCGGUGGCCAUCAAGACCCUCAAGCCGGGCUACUCGGAGAAGCAGAGGCAGGACUUCCUGUCGGAGGCCUCCAUCAUGGGCCAGUUCUCCCACCAGAACAUCAUCCGCCUGGAGGGGGUGGUGACCAAGUUCAAACACGCCAUGAUCGUGACGGAGUACAUGGAGAACGGGGCGCUGGACAAAUACCUCAGGGACCAUGAUGGGGAGAUCCCCUCCAUCCAGUUGGUGGGGAUGCUUCGGGGCAUCUCCGGGGGCAUGAAGUACCUCUCUGACAUGAGCUACGUGCACCGGGACCUGGCCGCUCGCAACAUCCUGGUGAACACCAACCUGGAGUGCAAGGUGUCCGACUUCGGCCUGUCCCGGGUGCUGGAGGACGACCCCGAGGGCACCUACACGACCAGCGGCGGCAAAAUCCCCAUUCGCUGGACGGCCCCCGAGGCCAUCGCGUACCGCAAGUUCACGUCGGCCAGCGACGUGUGGAGCUUCGGCAUCGUGAUGUGGGAGGUGAUGGCCUUCGGCGAGAGGCCAUACUGGGACAUGAGCAAUCACGAGGUGAUGAAGGCCAUCAACGAGGCGUUCCGGCUGCCGGCGCCCAUGGACUGCCCGUCAGCCGUCUACCAGCUGAUGCUGCAGUGCUGGCUGCAGGAGCGCGCCAAGAGGCCUCGCUUCCCCGACAUCGUCAGCCUGCUGGACAAGCUGCUGCGCAGCCCCGACUCCCUGAAGACCAUCGCCGACUUUGACCCCCGGGUGUCCAUACGCCUGCCCAGCACCAGUGGCUCGGACGGCUCCCCGUUCCGCUCGGUGUCGGAGUGGCUGGAGUCCAUCAAGAUGAGCCAGUACAGCGAGAACUUCGCCUGCGCCGGGAUGGUCACCAUGGAGCAGGUGUUGCACAUGAGGAACGAGGAUAUCAAGAACAUCGGAGUGAGACUCCCGGGCCACUUGAAGAGGAUCGCCUACAGCAUCCUGGGCUUGAAAGACCAAACCAGCACUCUGAGCGUCUUCGCCAUGUGACACUCGCCAUCAAUGGAGCAAGAGGGGGGAGGGGGGAGGGGGCGGGACACACUGAGCGAGUACGCCCCCGCGUCGCUAGGGAAACCCACGGGGCCGUCAGCCAAUCAGGAGACGAGCUGCAGGGACAGCUCUUGAUUUCGCUGAUUCAGACGCGAAGGCAGCAGCAAGCCCUACAGGAAAUAAUGCAGCGACAAAUAUAGCAUGUAUAUACACAUAAUUACACAAAGAUCACAAGAGCGCGGCUUCGGCAUUUUUCCCCUACAGAAGAGUGCCUGUGGUUUACGUAUGGUGAGAUACUAAUAAUAAACCAGGCCGGCUCGGUGUGGACGAAUGGAAGGAUUCUAGGGUUACCCCCCCCCCCCCCUCCUACCCCCCC